UGGAAUACAUGGAAGUUGUCAUAUGCUGUCUAGUAACAAUAUUGAUAGAAGAAGAGGCUAAGCAUUUUCGCAGAAAACAGAGAAGGAAUCCACUGUCCAUUUCAACAAUCACAGCCUUCCCCUUUCUUCUGAUAAACUCCCAAAAGUACCCUAGUUGAAGCUAACGUAUCCCUCCACGCCUUUCUUUUUAACUUCAUUUGGAGAAGCCUUUACAACAAGCAUCUCAUUGCUUGAAUGGUUUUUCCCAUCAAAAUUUGGAUGCCCACUCUUCUUUCUCUCUCCUUUGGCUCUGUUAAAGACGCCUGGUACUAUCGUUGCAUUGGCCUUGACCCUUGAGAUAUUCAUAUAAAUCUGUCCCAUCUUUUCCCUUGUGUCCAAUAACUACAGCUAGCGUUGUAGCUUCUUUGAAAAUCUAAAAGAUUGAGAAUAAGAAAGAAAGGAUGAUGUCGAGAAAGUUGAUGAAAUCAUAUUCUGAGAAGAUGUCCAAGGGGGAGGAGAAUAAGAAUGCCAAGAAUACUAGGUUGUUGAUCACGGUCAAUGUGCUGGGAAGUGCAGGACCGUUAAGAUUUGUUGUGAGUGAGAAUGAUAAGGUUGUUAAGGUGGUUGACACAGCUCUGAAACAAUAUGGCCGAGAGGGCCGACUUCCAGUUCUGAGUUCUGAUGUCAAUGAUUUCUUUCUUUACUCAGCCAGUGCUGGAAUUGAUGCUAUAGGACCAUCAGACUCGAUAGGAUCAAUAGGGGUGAGGAAUUUCAUCCUCUGUAAGAAGCAGAAACAGCCACUGAUGACAGAAGGAAGGGCACAUGGGAUUUCUCAGAAUGGAAAAGGGCGAUGGAAGGCUUGGCUGACUAAGUCCUUUAACUUCAACAAGAUUCAGUCCCACUAAUGAAGCACUUUCGUCUUCGCUAUAUUGUGGUUUCAUCAAGCCUACAAGUUUAUUCUGUGCUCGCUCUCAAAGCACUUGCGUUUGUAAUGAGUAUGAAAAUUACAUUAAUAAAUGAUGUAUACAUAUGCAUCAAUUCCUAAGUUA